AACUGUAUCGCUUAAUUUUAGAUGGUGUAACUGAUUCAUGCGGUAGCCCUCAGCCGUUGCUUGAAGAUCUUCCAGUAGGCUGCUAUGUCAGUGGUGACACAAGCAAAAAUUCUACUAUGAAUGUUGGCACUUGUGGACAAGCUCCAUGUGUUACCAGGUCUCUGACAGAUAAUUUUACAUGUACUGAAUGGUGGCCGCAUUAUUGUUGCGAUUCUAAUGCCGACGAUUUGGUUGAUAUACAGUGCGAUGGAUUCAAGUAUAAAGCGACACGUGUUUCGUCAUGUUCUUGUCGGAAAUGCUUUUUGAAGACAAUAGUUUCAGGAAAUGCAUUUGGACGUGGAGAGAAUGGAACUCUUAUUCCAUUAAAAUUAGGAACGAUUCUUGUAUAUGGAAAACAAACAGCAAUGACGAACCUUCUUGGUUUCUUUUCGUUUGAAGUUCCAGUUUAUUUAGAGAAGAUAGUUGUUCGACUUAUGGACACCAUAUUCAAAACGUUAAUUGAUACCACAAAAACCAUAGAAUUAAAACCUGGAACAAGCACGUCAAUAAAUAUAGUCUUACCAUUUCGCCCACAACCCAUAGACUUUCAUUCUGAUUCAGACUUUGCGAUGCAAGCUGGGACAGCCAGAGGGUCAAAAUCGCCAGGAGGUAUAUUAAUUCCUAAAAACUCCCUUGUUACAAUUGACGGCGAACCCUAUAAAGGUAAAGCCAAAGCUCAGGUUCAUUAUAUGGAUCCCAGAAAUCUUGAAGACUUCGAGGCUUCAGGUGGAGAAUUUUCAUAUCAAGAAGAUGGCGAAAAUUGUCCGUUGGAAACAUACGGAGUUUUUAGGACUCAUUUUGAAGACGAUAGUGGCAAUCCUUUAGAAUUAAGUAAACCUAUACAGUUUGAAUUAGACCCGACUGUUAUUAAUGUAUCAUACAGUGAUUCAGGUGAACCUAAUGUUGAACUGUGGAAAUUUGAUGACAAUAUUGGAACUUGGAAUUCUGUUGGUAAAAUGGAAGCUAAAGUAUCUUCAACAAGGCGACGUUUACUCGAACAAGUAUUUGUUGGAUCUGAUAUAACAGGACAAAAUGUUCCACCAAUUGUGCUCGAAGAUCCUGUCGUUUAUGCUACAAGGACUGUACUGGAUUAUACAAAAGAAGUACAACAAACUAUUACCUAUAAGAACUACUAUAGAAAUUGGUGGGGUGUAAGGAAAUAUAAUUGGGAUACAAGAGUUGUUACUAGUCGUGUCGCUGUUUAUAAAACACAGACGUAUGUUGUAAGAGACGCUGUAAAACAUCGAGGCGCAUGCUUUGUAAAUGUUGCGGUUUAUUCAGACUUGAGUGGAAAGGACAUCGCUAAAGAUAUGGUGUCCGUAACGGCAGUAACCAGAGAUUUCAGAAAAAAUAUCUACAAAGGCUUUGAGACUCAACCAGUUCUGAACGGACGCAAAUGCUUAAAAAUAUUUUGCGAUUCCGAAGUUUACCUAUAUGCUGAAAAGGAGGGCGCGCGACUCAUUGCAUUUCCGAAACAUGAUUUACCGUUGGGAUAUAAUGCAACAAAUAUCAAGAAUUCAACAGAAGUUGUGUUAUACUCAAGGAAUUACGAAGGAUUUGAUGGCAGAUUAGGCCCAGUUUACUUUUAUGAAGAUGAAAAAGCGUGCAUAGCAUCUUCCAAUGGUUUUGAAUUCCGUUUCGGUAUGCGUUAUGGAAAAGAUCCUAAGCUGAAUGUUCACGUAUCAGAAAAUAUUUACAACAACAGGCUUUCUUGGAACCCAAUGCCACCAGAUUCCCAAGCAAGACGUGUAUGCUUCAUAAAGGUUUUGCUUAAGAUCAAAAAUAACUUUGAUAUCCGUUUCCUUGGAAUAAGUAACCAGAGCAGUGCCCAAGGAGGGCAAUACGGGAUGUAUGAUGUUGGUCCACAACCAGAUAAAACUUACGCCAAUAUAGACGAGAGAGCUUCUUGUAUUGAAUUCCGAUGUCCAGGCAUGGUGAAUGAUGCUGGAAACAUAAUGAAAAAUGUUUCAACUCUUCUAGAAGUCAGACUUAAUCCGAUUCCCAAAGCACGGUGUCGAUUCAGACAGCUGAAAAAAGAUAUCAACGUAACUGUACUCCCAUCUGGCGCUGGAUUCCAAUUCUAUGCCGAGGCUGAGAAGGACUAUGGACCUAAAUAUGGUGUGUAUGUGAAGAAUGAAAACAAAGCAAACACGCAGAAUUACUGCUUUCAAGGGAAAGAUACUGGAUCAGUAGGAAACGGAAUGUUGCCGCUCGUGAAUGCAGCUGUGGAAUUUGACUGUAUAUAAACUCGUUUAUUUUUUGCGAUGCUUAUUACUUGGAUUUGUAUUGUUACGUUAUUUAGCUGAAUUGCAGUUUUUCUUAUGCAGGGAGAUGUCACUAAAAUAAAUAAAGCUAAGACGAUUCUUUUGAAGCAUAAAUACAAACAGGUAAAAUGUAGCAGACACGGUUUGAUUGAGUCUGUUCAUGACAUUCACCAAAUGUAAUCUAAGUUUAUUGUGUAUAUUCAGUUACAAUCAGAGAUGACAUUACUUUUAUACAAAUCGUACUCCUAAUAAAUAGGCUAAAAUUGUGCACUCUAUUUCGGACGUCGAAAUUAUGUACCGUUACAUCUUCACAUCACAUAGUUGUAUAUAAAUUAAAUUAAAUAAGAUGUUACGAAAGCCGGCAGAACAGUGCCCAGAAACCGUUACACGUCUAUCUUGAGAAAUUCAGCGGUAAUCGCCUCAUUUGAUUUUGUUUACGCAGGAUUAUAUUUGGCAAAAUUAUGAGGGAAAUUUAACGUUAAAUGAUUUUUGUCAACUUUCUAAUCCAAUUAUAUAGCCGCAAGCAUGAAUAAAUUUUGGCACAGAUUAGGACUUGAAGACUGAUUAUAGGUUUUGCUGUUUGAUUGGGAAAGUAUUCAUUACAUCAAGGAAACUCUUCUUUUUUCAUCUAUUUUAAAUAUUUGUUACGAUAAUGUAGCUACUUGAUAUUUGUGACAUGAUAUAGAUUAUCAUUUUAUACCAUUAUGUAAAAAUAAACGGAUCACCUAAGCCG